AUGCCGGGUGAUGGAAGCAACAGCAGCAAUAGCAAUGGAGACGUAAACGAGCCGCAGCCGCAUGCAGUCCUUGAGCAGCUGCCGGGCAUCCAGUAUUGCAUAAAUAGCCCGCCUCCUUGGUUAGAAGCCAUUCUUUUGGGAUUCCAACAUUAUAUCCUGGCUCUUGGUUCAAUUGUCUUAAUUCCAAGUAUGCUAGUUCCUGAAAUGGGUGGGACUGAUAAAGACAAGGCCAAGGUGAUACAAACCCUACUUUUCAUAUCGGGCGUGAACACAUUGUUGCACUCCUUUUUUGGUACAAGGCUGCCAUCAGUAAUAGGUGGCUCCUACGCGUUCUUGAUUCCGGCAACCUCAAUUAUUCAUGCAAGAAAAUACAGACUGAUGCACGAGCCCGAGCAGAGAUUUCUGCAAACAAUGAGAGAAAUACAGGGAGCUUUAAUUGUUACUUCAUGUUUCCAAAUGAUCAUUGGAUUCACCGGUUUGUGGAGAAACCUAGCAAGGUCGUUUACCCCUCUGUCUAUGGUUCCACUGAUUACAUUCACCGGACUUGGGCUCUACCAUCUUGGCUUCCCACUUAUUGCAACCUGUCUUGAAGUCGGGAUACCACAGCUGGUUUUACUGAUAAUCAUCUCACAGUUUUUACCAAGAUUUAUAAAGUCAAAGAGACACCUCUGCGAUAGAUAUGCGCUGCUUUUCGCCAUUGCAAUUGUGUGGAUGUAUGCAGGAAUCCUAACAUGGAGUGGUGCUUUUAUGAAAUCUAAACACGUUAGCUGCCGCACUGAUAGCUCAGGGCUCAUUGGGGGAGCUCCUUGGUUUUACGUCCCGUUUCCAUUCCAAUGGGGGCCUCCCACUUUUAGAGCUGGAGAAGCUUUUGCAGCAAUCGUUGCUUCAUUUGUCGCUUCAAUUGAGUCUACUGGCUCGUUCAUUUCAGCAGCUCGAUAUGGCAGUGCAACGCCGGUGCCACCCUCAGUAAUUAGUCGUGGUGUCGGCUGGCUGGGGAUCGGGACUCUGCUUCAUGCCCUGUUUGGCAGCAUCACUGGUUCCACCGCAACAGUUGAAAAUGUUGGUCUUCUGGCCUUGACAAAAGCAGGAAGCAGAAGAGUUGUCCAAAUAUCAUCUAUAUUUAUGAUUCUCUUCUCCAUUUUAGGAAAAUUUGGAGCUAUUUUUGCUUCGAUUCCUUUACCAAUUAUGGCAGGAUCCUACUGCAUCUUCUUUGGCUACGUUUCAUCUGUAGGCUUGGGAUUUCUCCAGUUCUGUAACCUCAACAGUUUCAGGACAAAGCUUGUACUGGGGCUAUCCUUCUUCAUCGGACUUUCUCUUCCGCAAUACUUCAGAGAGCAUGGUCCGAACUCUAGAGGUGGUCCAGUUCACACUCCUGCAGUAUGGUUCAACGACAUUAUGUCUGUCGUCUUUAUGUCACACGCAACCGUGGCCGCUGCGAUUGCCCUCCUACUGGACUGCACUCUCGAUUAUGGAACCGACGAGACUCGUAAAGAUAAUGGCUCUUACUGGUGGGAGAAGUUUGUAGUUUAUGGCAAAGACGUCAGGAGCGAUGAGUUUUAUAGGUUGCCAGGCCGACUCAAUAGAUGUUUUCCAUCUUUCUAAGUUGUCUGAAAAAUGUGGAAGUUAUGUGUAUGUUUUCCUGAACACGAUUUGUUCGUUUUCCGGCGUAUGUAUGAGAGUUGAGGACUUCAGGUGA